GUUUUGCAGAACAGGAAACAGUAACGGGGCUGUUUUCCAAGGACUGCAUCCUCCCUUGUCCUUUCCCACCUGGGAAUGAAGAAGUAAUUUACUGGAAGAAAGGGGACAAAGACGUGCACAGCUACUACUACCAGAGGGAUCACCUGGAAAGCCAAGACCUGGAUUACAGACACAGAACACACCUUUUUCAUGAGAACAUUCCUAGUGGAAAUGCUUCCUUGAAACUUAGUAACUUGACCGUGACUGAUGAGGGCUCUUAUAAAUGCUACGUGGGAACACAGCAAAGUAAAACCGAAGUGGAAGUCACGCUGCGCAUAAAAGACCAACUGUCUAACGUGGAAGGGAGUAGCACUGAAAUUCCCUGUGAGUACAGCGCUAACACUGCGAACACUGAGGGUUUCAGCGUUGUCUGGACACGGAACAGAAAUGCAGUGAUCUCAGUCCUGGCCUCCUUCAAUGGUACAUCUCAGACUUACCAGCCUCGGGCCCAGAUUAACCAAAACAACUUUUCACUGAGGUUGCGGGAUCUUGCCGCAAGCGACAGUGGAGAAUACCUGUGUAAUAUUUCAACGCCUGGCUACACAAAACUUACCGUGAGAGCUUUGCACGUUGAAAAAUCAGAUAACACCAUGCAGGUUGUGCUAGGAGUGAUCCUUUCACUGGUGGCAGGAAUCUCCAUCUUCAUCUUGUGGAAGGUGCAUAAGUCUGAAGGCUAUGUCUUCCUGCGUCUGACACUCUAUCCUUAUCCAUGGAGAGAGAGACCUUCAAAAUCCCUGAGCCUUAAGAUUUUGUCACAGCCUGAAUUUGGUAAGCUUCAGGAGAUGCUUUACGAUGAUUACCAUGAGUUUUGA